AAUUGUGGAGUUUCUAACAGCCUACAAGAAUGUCUGAAGAUUUGUAACCUGUCAUUGAGGGUCCAUCACACAACAGCAAGUGAAAAAAAAAUGGAUCCCUGUAUUGCAAGACCACGUAAUCAAGCUGAGCUUCCCUGCUACCAGUCUGAGAAUUUAAUUAUUCUUCAUUAUUGCUACCAUAACAGCAAUGGAACCCAUCCUUGCAAAACCAGAAUCCAUGUAUGUUGAAGAAAUUGGUGAUCGAAAAGUCCGUAAGAAUCUGUCCCCACAAUCGGUUGAUAUUUUAAAGGGCUGGCUCGCAGAGCAUUGCCUACACCCCUACCCAAAUGACAGAGAGAAGGUAGAGCUGGCUGAGGCAACCGGUUUAACACUCACUCAAAUAUCUAACUGGCUAAUUAAUGCAAGAAGGCGGAAACUGCACAAAAUUUUAUUAGAAAAGGGCAUUGCGCCAGGUUCGUCUGCCUCAACACCAAAGGGAAACAGGAAAAAGAUUCCUCCACACAACCCAAAAUUAAGUGUAAGGGUUGACCCAGCUUCUCCUUCUCCUCCCCCCACGAACAUUAUUGCUGCAGUGCCGGUGUCCUAUACAGUAUUCCCACCCCUUGCUCUGCUAUCCAGGAUUGGCCAUGAUCUCCUGCAGGGUUCUGCAGAAGAAGGUGGCCAGUCCAGGUUGACAUUUCAACCAGUCCUGAGCCAUCCUGCAGAGGUUUUAAGCCCACCACCUGUGCUUGCUGCAGCCCAAGAGAUUGAACUAGAGGCAUGCCCGCUAUCUGUGCUUGCUGCAGCCCAAGAGAUUGAACUGGAGGCAUGCCCGCUAUCUGUGCUUGCUGCAGCCCAAGAGAAUGAACUAGAGGAACAAAUGAGCAUGUUGCAAAUCCUGGCUGAGGUGGCAUGCCAACGAAAGGAGGAAAUGGAGGCAGAGGCGGCUAAAAUGCGAGCAGCCUUUACACAAAUAAAAUUAACCCCCUGUUGCUAGACUUACUUAGUCCUGUACCUAAUCCUCUAUACCUGUUCUAAUGCACUUUAUUGGAAUA